AUGGCGAGUUUAUGUUUUUGGAAUGAUUUUGAAUUAAAAAAACCACCAUUGGUCACUAUACAGGUGGAAGACACAGGAUUUGCCAAGCAUGUUUUUGUGCUCAUCAAUCGCUACCUGCAACAGGUGAGCACAUCGAAUGGUCAGGAGUUCAAUCAAACUGCAGCCUUGAUAGGACGUCUGAUAGCUCGACGCCAGAACUCGUUUCACAAUAUGCCCGGCUUUCGGGCAGUUUGUAAAUUGAAUACAGCACUCUGCCGUCUACUACGCCUUGAUCUGGCCCGGGAUCUAGAACAUUUCCGUAGUGCUUUACCCGAUGUCUGCGAUGAUCAAUUGUCCGGCGAGAUGCCAACAAGGAGCAGCUUUGAAUACAUUUUGGUGCGUCUGCUGAGCUUCUACCACUUACAUGAACGCAUACGCGAGUGCUGUCUAGCGGCUGCAAAAUACUUUGGCCAAUUGCUGCGCAACAAUAAUUUCAUGGAGUUCAUAACAGUGCUGCUUGCAGCAAUGGCAAAAAUUAAUAAUCUGAGCAAGCUGCAGACCAACAAUUGUGCUCAGCUGUACAACAAGCUGCUGCCACAACGUUCGCACUUUCCGGUAGUGGAGAAACACAAGUUCCUCAAUGACGAAUGGAAGUUGCCAACGCAGCUACAAGUCAUCAAAUUAAAUAAGACAGCAAGUCCAAGAGAAGAAACAACUUCUAGCUUGGCACAAGCAUCAAAAGUGGUCACCAAAGUGGACAAGGCGAAACAAAAGGCCAAAUCUGAUGUGGGCACUGUGGUGUCGCGCAAGCAGCCAAAGACGGACAUCAAGGAAUCUAGCUUUCAGGUGGACUCUCUGACCACCGUCGAGGAUGUUAAGCAGUUCAUUGUACGCGAAUCCAAAGCGAGAAAACAGAAUCCCGAUAGCUGCAUUACAAAGGCCAUACAACAUCAUGAAUGGCUGUCGGCGAAGACGAUCUUCGAGAGCAAACUGAAGACCAAAGAGCAUGCGAAAGCUUUGAACAUAUUUCGUAAAUUUAUUGGCAAUAAACUAUAA